CCAAUUUCAGUGUAUCUGCGUGGCAAUGAAUCAGAAUUUGGUACCAGCAUAUUUUCAGACUGGGAAUAUAUCGAACUCUGCUCCACAGCAGGUCGAACAUGUAGUAAUUGGCGAUCGUGUCAGUAUACUGAAAGAUGAAACGAAAUCAACGAUGCAGCUACAAGCAUCAGCACCAACGGGUAUGACUAUUCAUUCAGCAGGUACGUUUUUCCAAACGACGUCCAGCAGUCCGUUCACGACAGCAAAUAGUGGCCCCGUUUUUCAUAGUUCUACAACAGCAGCGACAUUUCUCCCCAAUUCGGUCCAAAACGUUCAGAUUCAGCCAAACACUGCAGCUACUCUUAAUGGACAACAAACACAGCAGGUGCGUCUUGUGCAAGCCGUCAAUCCCACACCGACCGUCAAUGUUACAUCCCCUCAACAGCAAGGCGCUACAGUUUUGACUGUUGUAACAGCACAGAAUCCAAAUGGUACAACUAUGCAGAUUCUUCAGCCACAAGGCGCUGAAACAGAUGAACGACGUAUUGCUGCUAUAUUGGAUUCAUAUUUCAUUGAACAGCAGGCUCCAACAACUUCGGUGGUUGCACCCAUCACAACAGCUGCUGUAGCUGUCGCGACGCCAGCUGCAUAUCCAUCACCUGCCAGUAUUGUCGCAAAAUAUACACGUGGAAAAGGUACAACACAAGAGAAAAAAGAGAAGGACGAAGCAAAACGAGCUAAACAGGCGGAAGCAGCACGCUUGCGAUAUCACCGGUUAAGUGCUGAGGAAAAAAGGGCGUUGAACAUCAAGCGGACAAUGGCGCAAAAACGCAAAAGACAGCGUGAAAAAGAACUCGAGGAACUUGAAAAUCUCUUGCGGCAAACGAAUGAUAUACAAGAGGAUCCGGAUAUUAAUGAGCAAUUACGUGAGAAACGGAUGCGAGCGCGUUGGGCUGAAGCAGCACGUUCACGUUAUCAGCGUAUGUCAUCAGAGGAACGCCGCGCGCAUAAUAAUCGUAGACGGAUGAGGCAAAUUGCUGCGACGGAAGGAUUAAAGGGGCCUGACGGACAGCCCGAUGAAGAAGCGAUCAAGAGGCAUAUCAAGGAACAAAAUGCAAAGAAGGCUGAAGCUGCUAGACUUCGUUACCAUCGGAUGACUGAAGAAGAAAAGAGGGCCUAUAAUCAGAGAAGAACGGAAGCAUUCCGGCGACGACGUAUGGAAGAAGAAAUGUUGCUUGCAAUGCCAAUUGGACGUAUUAAUGGAGAAGCUUUGGAUCGAGCACAGCAGAUUGUUGUUCGAAAUGCGAAACGAGCAGAAGCUGCUAGGUUGAGAUAUCAGAGAAUGACACCCGAACAAAGGAAGGCCUACAACCAAAAACGGUAUAUACCAAAACGGAAACGACUUGAAAAUUCUGAGGAUGCUGAGAGUAAUGUGAAUCGUGGCCGAAAACGCAACCAAGAGGAACAGUUUGAUGCACUUUCAACCUUGGAGAGAGAUGUGAUCAAGAGGACGCAGCAGGCCCAACAAGCUUUGAUGCGCCAACGAGGCACCUCCUCAGCUAAUACGCCUACCGGUGCUUACCUGACAGCGCAUGUUGUUCAGCAGCCUCAAUCGAAUGUAACUACGGUUCUACCGAGCACAGCGAUAAUCCCUAAUAGUAGCGGUGUGUUACCCGGUGGCACCAUGUUAGCUGCACAGAUUCAACCAUCACAGAUUCAAACCGCUCCAAUUCAGGCACAACAAGUGCAGUCACAGCAGGCAAACCGGCCUCUGCAGCAGUCAAUGGCACAAAUCCCACAACAAGUUCAGGUACAACAAAUCCAUCCCCAACAAAUCCAAAAUCAGUCUUCUCAGCAGCAGCCACAGCAACAGAUUCAAUACACCGUGACUCCAGGCGGACAAAUGAUGGUUGGACAACAUUUACAACAACAGUUACUUACGCCGUAUGCGACAGUGCCUCCAAGAGCCUAAGUAAUUUUUUGUUCUGAAAAUUCCGUGUAAAAGAGUGACACUGCAAACUCAGUUUUCGGGAUGUGCUACAUUUAUGUAUUAUAAUCCGGUAAUACCUUUGGUGCCAGGAACCUAAUAUCUAAAUUCCUCAUAAAUAAUGAGGCAAGGACAUAUUUUCAUUACAUUUCCAGCUUUUUAAUGAAAUAAAUGAGCGAGCCAUUGCUUCUUUAUAAAAAAGACUUCUGCAUUAUGUUCAUGAAAUAAUCGUUUUGGAAAUCAUUCGAUAUAUAUGCCAUUCGUGAUGUUGAAUGUCCUCUAUUCACUUCUUUUUGUUUUUCUUAUUAAAUAUUAAAACUUAUACUUUAAAUAUAGGCUUCAUGUUUUCAAAACAUUUUGUUGGGUUAUUAGGCUUUGAGCCGGGUUCCUGGGCUCCAGACGUCUUUUUUACCCCGUACGUAAAUGUCAGAUCAGCUUCUGUUGAUAUAUGUGAUAAGGUAAAUGUUAGCAUCUUUUUUAUUGCAUAAUGUAUAGUUGGAUAUGAAUUGGAAAAGGCAAAAGACGUGCACGGCGCAAGUGAACUUGCCACAAAUGUGCCAGAUUUUCUUAAUAUUACUGAUUAUUAUGUAAAAGAAAGUUUUGUAAACCAUUCUUUGUUUUGAGAAUAAAUGAACUUUGUAACAGUGAUGGGAUGGAUUAAAUGUAUUGCUGAUAUCAUAUUUAUGUAUUGGAAUGCACGGCCUUGCAGUAAUGUUCACGUCGAGUGUACUCUCAGGUUUUUUUUUCUGCUCUUCUAAUGUUUCAUAUUAUGCAGUAAUAAUUUGGGUUCUAUCAUUCCGUGUCUAACUUAGCUCCAUCGUUUUCAUUUCAUUCUGGAAUUUUGUAUUUCACAGAGCUUCUAUUUCUUGAUUCAGCUCCAGGAAAUUCAUUGCUGUAGUUUCAGAUUUUUUUCACUUUGAGAUUUUGAACAACUAGAUUUAUUCACACUCAAGCUCAUCAAUCCUAAUCAUGUUGACAAAGAUCGCGUCAGUUGUGAACAGUUUUCAAUUUUCAUUCGUUUUUGAUUUCUUGUAUAGCAGAAUAUAUUAUGUUUUUGCAAUAUUAUCUAAUUUCCUCCUCACAGAAUCCUGG